UCAUGGCGGCCGUGUACGUCUGGGCGCCAAUCACAGAGGCCCGGCGCGCCGGCGAGGGGAUGUGAUGGAGCGGCUGCUGCUGCUGCUGCUGCCCCCCGAGCCCGCAGUCGAGGCGCCGAUGAGGACCAGGAUGUGUUUCCAGAGAGACCUGCUGGCGCUCAACCUCCGCUCGUCCCUGUCGGUGCUGAUCAUGUCUCCAGAGGCGCUCGGCUUCCUGUCUGCAGUUGGGGUCUUCGUGGUCCUGAUGGUGGUCCUCCUUUUAUACCUCAACAACAAGUUGUGCUUUGGAAACAUCAGCGAGCUGUCCCGCCUCGACGACUACCGAAAGAGCAAGGAUGUGCCAGACAGCAAUUACCCCGACGGGGAUCUGCGCGGCUCCUCCUCGGAGAGCGAAGACGACAUCCUGGGGAAAUACCAGGAGGCGGUCAGCCGGUCGCAGGGCAGCCGCGCCACCGAUGGGCGCCACCCGAAGGGAUACGUCUGGGAGACCCGGCAGAAGUACACGUCGCUGCCUGCAGAGUACGACGGCUACAGCAGCGAGGCGUCCACCGAAGACGUGAACUGCAUCCAGAGGAUGAGGAGGACACCCCCAUUAGACGAGCUGCAGCCGCCUCCCUAUCAGGACGAGGACGGGUCCCCUCGGCUCUCCUGCACCCCGUCAGACUUGGGGGACGGCAAGUGUGAGCUCUCCCACUGCAGCGACAGCCCCCGGCGCUCCUACGGCAAGUGUCCCAGUGAGGGCAGCGCUGGCCACGAGACCGAGAGCUACCUCAACAAGGGCUACGAAGAAGAUGUCCCCAGCGACAGCACGGCUGUCCUCAGCCCAGAGGAUAUGUCGGCCCGUGGAUCUGCUUCUUUGCUCCCAAAAUCCUUUGAGCCGGAGACAAUGGCAAAGUGUGGCACUCUGGACGUUGUGCUCGACUACGACUCCCAGGAACAACGGCUCAUAGUCACGGUGACAGCGGUGACAGACAUCUCCCCCCUGAGUCGGCUGGGGAACACCUCCUGGCAGAUCCACCUGGUCCUACUGCCCACAAAAAAGCAGCGAGCAAAGACUGGCAUCCAGAGGGGGCCGAGCCCCGUCUUCAUGGAGACGUUCAAGUUCAACCGAAUCGAGUCCGAGAUGAUCGGCAACUACGCGGUCCGCUUCCGCCUUUACAGCAUGCGACGCAUGAAGAAGGAGAAGGUGGUGGGCGAGAAGAUCUUCUACCUCACCAAGCUUAACCUGCAAGGCAAGAUGUCGGUGCCCGUUAUCCUGGAGCCUUGCUGCACUCUCACGGGAUGCGAUUCCCAAAUGAGCACGUCGGAGAUGUCCUGCAGUGAAAGCACCUCAUCAUGCCAGUCGCUGGCACACGGUGCCACGCCGGAGAUCCUUGUCGGACUCAUCUACAAUGCCACCACUGGCAGACUCUCAGUAGAAGUCAUUAAAGGAAGCCACUUCAAAAACUUGGCAGCGAACCGCCCACCCAAUGGGCUGUUCUGUUGUCUUAAGCACUUGAUAGGCGGACAGGUUUAUAUCAUCCGAGAUACCUACGUGAAGCUCACCCUGCUGAACUCCAUGGGGCAGGAGAUGUCCAAGUGCAAGACGUCGGUGCGGCGCGGCCAGCCCAACCCCGUCUACAAGGAGACGUUCAUCUUCCAGGUGGCGCUCUUCCAGCUGUCGGACGUGACUCUCAUUCUCUCCGUGUACAACAAGCGCAGCAUGAAGCGCAAGGAGAUGAUUGGCUGGAUCUCGCUGGGCCUCAACAGCUCGGGCGAGGAGGAGCUCGGCCACUGGACCGAGAUGAAGGAGUCAAAAGGGCAGCAAGUAUGCAGGUGGCACACACUGUUGGAGUCCUAGGGCGUGGACUGGGGGGGGGCGCCACCUGCUGGCCUUUUGUGUAUGCGUGUUUAGGGCACAACGACCGUGAUCCAAAGAAACAAUGGCUGCCGGACGACGGCUCCUUAGGCGGGUCAAGGGCGUGGGAGCCACCCGCCAAUAGAGGAGCCCUAGUCUGUCCUGUCGAAAGUGGCAGCCUGUGCCCCUUCGUGAGGCCGCGCUCGACGCCGUUAUCUCUGCUGUGGGUAUCCCGGGGCACAGCUCGGGGCGCUUUUAUCUGAUAGAUUCAGCAGUUGGCGGAGGGGUCCGGGGUUGCACCCUCGUUAAUGGCAGUUGGAGGUUUGCUUCCACUCAUUCUCUGGGCAGUUGAACCACAAAUGGGAGCGGGUAACAAAAAAAAAAAAUCAAAACAUAACCUCUGCGGUUUGCCAGCUUCCUCACCCCUGUGCCCCUUGACCAGCUCGCGCUGCUGGUGCCACGUCCUGCCAGCAUACGCCUGGGUGACCAACAAGAUCAACUCACCCUUAUGAGUAGCACAACAAAAGGGGCGGGGCUGACACUUGGGAAUGGGGAGGGGCAGCCCCAGUCUAAUAGGCACCCUAAAGGGGGCGGGGCACACCAGUCAAAUGAGGGAAGGGCGGCACCAGUCUAACUGACCCCCCCGAUGGGGAAGGGGUACCCCCAAUUUAAUGGGGGGAGAGGGCAGCCUCAUUCUAAUCCACACCCUAAUGAGGGGCGGGGCAUCACCAGUCUAAUCGACACCUUAAUGGGGGCGGGGCAUCACCACUUUAACAGGCACAGCAUGAAGAGCAAGGAGCACAAGACCCCCCAGUCUCUUAUCAGAAGAGCCACAA